UGUGAAUCACAUUUUUAUUUGGCGUACCCCAGAUGGGCAAUUUUGAUGGGGGUCACAAAAAAUCUGAACUCAUAAGGGACCAGUGGCUCGCGGGACUGCCGGCUACCGUGUGUCUGCCGGCCCUAGCCUUUUGUGAGGAAAAUAUUUUACCCCCCUAUUGACAGUGGAGAGAUACUUUUUCAGAGUAUAUUUCCUGCAUUUGUACACAUUCUGCAAUGGGGUGUAUAGAUUUAGCAAUUUUCUAAAUAAAAAAAUAUAUGAUAUCUGAGUGAGCGUGACUAACAAAAUCAAUAGGACCACUUCGGUCAAUCAUUUGGCCAUGAUUACUACAAGUUUAGAUUGCUGGCUGGACUAAUUUACUAAUCACAUUUUUUUUCUCCCUGACAUGGGCUAAUUGAGUGACUGUCAGUGAUUGGCAUAACAAGAGAGAAACUGCUGAUGCAUAACCACGUUUCAAAAUUGCACCUUGUGUGUAAACCGUUUUUGUUUAAAGUUACUCUCUACAGAAUCCAGCCUAGGCUAUCAUUAACUGAACAAUACAACUAUUAUUGGAAAGAGGAAGCACACACAGCCAAUAUGAAUUUGUUCGGGUUUCUAAACCGUUUUUUGUUCCUUUUUACCAAAUUAUGAAACUUUUUGAAAUCACAAACCUUGCUGACGUUCAGCGUUGCAAAAGUCCCGGUGAAACCCAACAUUUGUGUGGCAGCAAGGUUGCUGUGAACAACACUGAGGAAAAUAAAAUUAAAGUAUGUGCUACUAUGACCCGCUGAUUCAUUCAUCCUUGUUAUAUCUUCCUCUGCAUUUGGUUCAAUGAUCUGAAUUGGAUUCCCCCUAGCCUCUCCUAUGGUGUAGUCAGCUAUGAUCUAUGGAUGCUGUAUUAACUGUUAUUUUUAGAUUGAAUGUUAUUUUAACAUUGAUCAGAAGAACAUAUAUUUGUUUAGCUCCAAGAGUCAAUCACCCCUUUGUAUACACUUGCCAUGUUUCUAUAUCAUGAAAAUCCUUGUUAGUGUUAAAUGUAUGUACAUUACCCCAAUAAGUGAGGCAUAUAACUUAAUUUCUACUGAGUAGAUCUAUAACAACAACAAUAUCUUCAGAGAUCUGAUCUGUUUAUUUCUUUGAAUCAACAUUUGUUAUCUCUGUGAGAUAAAUCAAUAAAAAGCUGUUGUGAAAUGCACUGUAUUUUUGACUAUAACAGCUUUAUAACUUAAAUAAAAUAUAUUUGAGAAUAUGGCCUUGAAUGAACUCUGAAAUCUCACGCAUGACGCAUAGAAAAACCCCCUGAAAUUAUGGAUUGACCCAAUGAACUCAUGGAUGAUGGCAAUAAAUAGGAUCUAUGCAAUCAAAGUUAUUACCGUUUCUCAGUAAAAGACCAGAGUGAUAGCUACGUGAGGAUCCCAAGGUAUCUGUUGAGGGAUGACCUCCUACAGGGGGUGGCUGCUUUCUGAGCUCACUCUGUUGCUAUAAAGCCAUCUUCCCUUUUCACCCAGCACUCUUGAUUAUCACUCUUCUGCAUCUCACAAUGGAGGAAAUCUAUGUCAGGCAUGUGGAGUUGCUGGGCUUUGAGAAACGCUUCUUCCCCAGCCAGCACUAUGUCUACAUGCUGAUGGUGAAAUGGAAUGACCUGUCUGAGAAAUUGAUCUAUAGAGGGUAUCCGGAGAUCUACACCUUUCACAAAUCCCUGAAGGAGAUGUUCCCCAUUGAGGCGGGUGACAUCAAUAAGAAAGACAGGAUCAUCCCUGCACUACCAGCGCCAAAGUGGUUGGACAACCAAAAGAGCACAGAGACCAGGCAGAGCACUCUGACUGAAUAUUGCGGUUCUCUUAUCAACCUGCCCCCCAAGAUCUCCCGCAGCCAGCUGGUACGCAGCCUCUUCAAGGUCCGACCGGAGGACGAGAACCCACCCGCUCAACACCCAUUAAAAAGAAAUGAGACCUUUGUGGUGUCCAAUGACAAGACGAGAGACAACACUUCUGAGAUCUCUGGCCCCAUCAUAUUGGAAAGCUACAGGGUGAUUGCUGACUACAGCCACACCUCCAAGUAUGAGAUCACCCUGCACAUUGGAGACUUGGUGGAGAUUGUGGAGAAAAGCCCAAAUGGUUGGUGGUUCUGCCAGUGUGAUACCAAGCGGGGCUGGGUGCCCGCCUCUUACCUAGAGCCCCUGGAUGGACCAGAGGAGUCGGAAGAAGCCGAUCCCAACUACGCAGGAGAACUCUACAUAACCACCAAAGCCUACAAGGCAGCACAAGAUGAUGAGCUGACUCUUGAGACGGGGGAAACUAUUGAGGUCAUUCACAAGCUCCUGGAUGGAUGGUGGGUGGUCAGGAAAGGAGAGGAGACGGGACACUUCCCCUCAAUGUUUCUCUACAGAACUGGAGAGAAGAAGGAGAUGGUGUCGGAAGAGCAUGUGAUGAGAAGACAGACACCCCCACCCAGACGUUCAACAAUCCGCAAUGCACAAAGUAUUCACAGUAAAGGGCGGCAGCGCAUAAGCCAGGACACGUACCGCAGGAACAGUCGCCGCUUCCUGCAGCAGAAGGGCGGCCGGCCCAAUCAGCCCAGGAAGACGUCCAAGGCCUCCACACAGUCCCCGCUGCAGGACUGGAAUAACAGAGACAACAUCCCAAAGACAGCGGGCUCUAGUCCAGGGGGUGAGCUGAAAGGGGCUCCCAUUAUCCCCCCUCGGCCCAGUCCUGAACUCAUCAUGGAGCGCUGUACAGAGAACACCCGCAAGAAAGUCAGUGUCCGCAAAUCGAGCUAAGCUUUAAACUGUGUGGAUCUGGACUCCUGUCAGCAAUGCAAUCAGAGAUGGGUUAAUGUGCGCAUUACAAGCUAAACAGCCGAUAAAGCCAACCAUGUGUGCCAUAGAGGGCAUUUUACAUUUUGUUCUGAAUGUUACCACUUAGCACCAGCUAACUGCUUAUGGAGAAAGUAAAACAAUAGUGAAAAGUGAAUGUAUGUACAAAAGCAAAGGUGUAUUUGUUUUUCUAGGGUCAUUUUUCUUAUUGUUACUUUUACGUAUGCAAUGUUUUUAAUGUUUUUUGAUCAAGUGUGUGGUUGUUAAAUGUGUUUGACUCAGUAUGCGGUUUUUGGAAUAUAAGAUUAGUUAUUUAUUUGUUGAAUUUAGCCAUUUGUAACCUACAAAAUAAAUAAUAUAUUC